AUGGGCUACGAGAAAAUAACUGACAAUGGUCAAUGGCGUGCAUUUGAACGCCAUAAAGAAAUACAGGCGUGUCAGAUACCAUACAGCAUAAGUUCUUCGUCUAUUGAAGUUAUCUUCGCUAAUAUUGGAUACGUCAUAAUUACCAGAUGGCAAUUAAAACCAGCUUCAACUGGGAAUUAUGAAACAUUCCCUCUACAUACAGAAAUAAUCUUCAGAAAUUUAGAAUUUAUUUCAUGGUAUUUCAUAAAGUUCGUCAUUGUUGUUCUUGAUGAUGAUGAGCAGGAGAAGAACGGCGAGGGUGAUGACACUGGUGAUGGUGGUGGCGAUGGUGAUGACAAUUAUGUUGAAGACUAUGAAGAUGAUAAUGAUGAUGAUUGA